AUGGGCCAAAGUAGUGGCGACGACGAUGUGAUACAACAACCCGCGCCGUUUUCCAACACAACAGCAUCCACCAAUUCACCUUCAAGUUCACCAUCUUCCUUGGGAAGUUCGACACCACCUCCAGCACCGCCGCCGCCAGUUGCAAGUGAGUUUUUGGAAAACCUGGGGAAGGGGGACGGGGAAAAAUGAGAAAACAAAUAAUUUGGAAAUUUAUUAGAUCCAUUUGGAUUAAGUUGCUCUUUUAGUUUUAAAAUAAAAAACAAACAAAUUUCAGCGCAUUUUUCAUUUCUGAAAGUUUAGACAUUUCUGAGUUAUUAUGUUACGAGCUCAAUUAGCAUAGAUUCUAGCUUCAAAAAGUUCCUCGGGGUCUCUUCUUUAUUCCAAAAUCAUAUUUUUGAUCUUCAAAGCAAGCUCAUCAAAAACUUUAGGUUCAAAAAACCUUAUCACAAACAAUUUUUGAUUUAUUCCAGCUCUUUCAAAAUUCAAAAAGUUGAUAAUUUGACCUCCUCCCUCCCAAAUUUCCUCGAAAAAUUUCAUGAUAGACACCUCACACAAAGCGAAAAUGAAAACUACAAGUUUCAUCGAAACCUCACUUUUUUCUCCCUCUUUUUUUUUCUUAUCUUAUCAUCAACAACACCAAAAAAAUAUGUAUAACCCACGAAAAAUUUCAGGACAAACCGAGAGCGACUGGAAACAAUCGAGUGACGAAAGCCUUACCGAAUUAUGUAUAUUUCAUGUUCCGGACAAACCCGUUGCACAGGGUACACCUGAAAAAUCAAAAUGUUCGCUGCCAAUCAAUUUAGCUCUACGACCAUCUUCGAAAAAUCGCAAAAUUCAAUCGAUUUGGUCGAAUGAUUUUAUCCCGAGAGGUGCUAGAUUUGGCCCGCUGAUUGGAGAAGCUCGCCUAGUAGAUGUGGAUUCAGCAAUCAUGUGUCCAGCGGAAGCAUCAAUGGCUGGCGGUCAAGCAACAUCACAAGAAGAACCUGUGCCUUUUGAUGAUUUUCCAGAAGAGUGGAAAGUAUUUUCACCAUCUGGUGGCAGAUUAACAAAAACAAUAAGUGUGCGAGAUGAUGCGAAGGCGAAUUGGAUGAAAUUUGUGUGCGCCGCAGAAUUGGAUGAUUCGCAAAAUCUUGUUGCUGCACAAGUUGGAAGUGAUAUUUAUUUCUAUUCGAUUAAGUCGAUCUCACCAAACACUGAAUUGUCUUUCUGGUUUAGUCGUGAUUAUUCAAGAAAACUCAAAUAUCCAGCAUCUUGUACUAGUGCUCAAAGAGUUCCUACAACUGUUGGAAUCCCAAUCGAUUAUUCAAUCAAAAAACCAAAGAUUGAAGUUCCAAUCCCUGCAGCUGCAGCAGUUGAAGAAGUUAUCAGUCGACCAAAUGUUAUUCAAAAUCCAAUUGUUCGCCCGGUUCCUCAACGUGUUGGUGCAUUUGUUGCACCAUCACCAGUCCGUCCAGCUCCACUCAACCCGCUGACACUUUUCCAAGACUAUUUCCGUCGAACUCAACAACUCACCUCCAAACUAGCUGAAAACAUCUGGGUUCCUCCCGUCGCUCAACCAGUGACAGCAACUGGCGGCAGAUCUGGUCAACCUGUUGAUGUUCAGCCUGUGUUAGCUGCCACAGCUGGCGCACAUUUCGGCAACUAUGCUGCAAUCUACGGUAGUCAAGACUUCCAACAACACGAACUCAAACCAUUGUUCACCACAGCGACUCCAGCUUUUGGCGGAGGAGGUGGCGGAGGAAUGGGUGGAGGUUUUGGUGGAAGUGGACAUGCUUCAAGUUUUCAUCAAAUUCCCUCAUUUGUACCGCAUAAUAAUAAUGGAAAUGAUGCGGGUUUUAGUGGAGUGCCGAAUUAUGUUCAACAGUCAGAGAAUGGAAAAACCAGAUAUGCUUGUAAGGAGUGUAAUAAAACAUUUGGACAGUUGUCGAAUUUGAAAGUUCAUGUCAGGUGAGAAUUUCAAUGGGAAAGGGAUUCAGGGAGAGGGAUUUUUUUCAAUUGGGGAGGGGAGAUACUAAAAGCUAGGGCAUUUUUCGGAAUCUGUCUAGGUUUCUCGGAAAAAAUUUCCCAUCACAGAUAUGCCUGACUACACAUCAUAACCAACCUUUAUUUUUCAGAACUCACACCGGUGAACGUCCAUUCAAAUGCGAAGUUUGUGGCAAAGAAUUCACCCAACUCGCUCAUCUUCAAAAACAUCAUCUAGUCCAUACUGGCGAACGACCACAUCGCUGCGAAAUUUGCGACAAACGCUUCUCCUCAACAUCCAAUCUGAAAACACAUCUUCGACUACACAAUGGUCAGAAACCGUAUACUUGUGAUGUUUGCGAUGCGAAAUUCACACAAUAUGUGCAUCUACGACUGCAUAAGAGAUUGCAUGCAAAUGAGAGACCGUAUAGUUGUGGAACCUGUGGGAAAAAGUAUAUUUCGCCUUCGGGACUUCGAACUCAUUGGAAAACAACAACUUGUAAAGAAGAAGAUGAUUCGAAGGAUGGUAUUUUGAUGGAUUCUGUGCAUCAUGAUUUGAAUAAUGCAAGUGGAUCACAAACAUAUAUGGAUAUAUUUGAUAACCAAUUGAAAUAUACAAAUCCAUUGGGACCUUCAUCUAGUUCUUCGUCUUCGGGAAGUUCAAUGGCUCCUCAAGUUCCAACACCUCCUCCUCAACAACAACAACAGCAGCAAAAUAUGAUGAUGUAUCAGCAAAAUCAGAUGCAACCUCAACAUUUGCCACCUCAACAUUUUCAUAUGGAUCAACAUCAAUUACAUCAACAGCAGCAACCUCAACAUCAUCAGAUGUUAUCUCUUCAGCAACAACAACAACAAGCCCAACAGGAUCCAACAAAUCCACUUCAUCAACCACUUCGAUUGCCCGAUCUCAAAAGUUCGAUACUUCCAACACUUGGUUUACAACAUUAUCAAUAA